AUGUCUAACGUUCUAGUUGAUUCACCAGAAACUACGCCAUUCAUCUCUAAACCAACUGAAACAACUGUGAUUCCAAUAAAAGAUUCAACUAUUGAUGUAGAACAUUCAUCUAGUUCAGUUACAAUAUCAAAAGAACAAUUUCAAGAAUUAUUAAAGCAUGUAGGAGAUUCGAAUCGAACUCAAUCUGGAAUAGCAAAUCCAGGUGCACUUGGUCUUGGUGGAUUUGCAUUAACAACAUUUAUACUUUCAGUAUUUAAUGCUGGCUCAUAUUUAAUUAAUAUUAAAUUAGAACCAGUUGUUUUACCAGUUGCAUUAUUUUAUGGUGGAUUGGCUCAAUUUUUAGCUGGCAUGUGGGAGUUUAAAGUAAAUAAUACAUUUGGUGCAACUGCAUUUACAAGUUAUGGAUCAUUUUGGAUGUCAUUUGCUGGCUAUGUUCAUUUCAUUGUACCGCAAAUAAAACAAGCGGGAAAUGUAAAAAAAGCCACCGGCCUUUUUCUAUUAGCUUGGUUUAUUUUUACGCUUAUUAUGAAUGUUGCUGCUGCAAAAACAUCCAAAUUUUUAUUUAUUUUAUUUACUGUACUGAAUAUAACAUUUUUAUUAUUAAUUAUUGGUAAUCUUGGUGGUUUACCCUUGAUUGUAAAUAUUGGAGGAUGGUUUGGAAUUUUAACAGCAUUUGUAGCUUGGUAUGGUUGUGCUGCUAUUGUUAUUAAUUCAACUUUUAAAAAAUCUCUUUUACCUCUCGGCCCUUUGGCAUAA